AAGGAGGCAUUGCUGAGAAGGAGGAGAUUGACUCCAAGAGGCUGAAAUGGGAGCCAGGGAACUGGAGGCAGCAGCUGGAGAAUAUUCGGGAAAUGAGGCGGAAUAAGGAUGCUCCUGUGGAUCAGAUGGGGGCUGAGAAGUGUUUUGACAGCAGCGCACCUCCAGAGGUGAUGCGCUAUCAGGUUCUGCUGUCACUGAUGCUGUCCAGCCAAACCAAAGAUCAGGUGACAUCGGCAGCCAUGUUGCGCCUGCGGGAGCAUGGCCUCACAGUAGACAACGUUCUGCAGACGGACGAUGUAACUUUGGGGCAGCUCAUUUACCCAGUGGGAUUCUGGAAGAACAAAGUGAAGUACAUAAAACAGACGACAGCAAUCCUGAAGCAGCAAUAUGGAAGUGACAUCCCCAGUACCGUUAAGGAGCUGGUGAACCUGCCGGGAGUUGGGCCCAAGAUGGCCCACUUGGUCAUGGACAUUGCCUGGAAGAACGUGACUGGGAUCGGUGUGGACACCCAUGUGCAUAGGAUUUCUAACAGAUUGAAAUGGGUGAAGAAGGAAACUAAAACCCCCGAGGAGACCAGAGUUGCGCUGGAGGACUGGCUGCCCAGGGACCUCUGGAGUGAGAUCAACUGGCUCCUCGUGGGCUUCGGCCAGCAGAUCUGCCAGCCUGUGAACCCUUGCUGCAGAGAGUGCCUCAACAGACACAUCUGCCCGGCUGCUAAGAGAUGCUGAGGGAAUGGCUGCUCCUAGAGCAACAGAUCUGCACCAGAGUCGUGAAGCCGCUGGACUCUGAGCCCCAGUAAGACUGCAUUGGACUUGGGGAGGGGGGGAACCUAGUGCUGCAGAGAGAUGGGAUGGGAAUGCAGCAGCUACCCAGCAGAUCUGUGAAGAGGAAAAGCUCUCUCUGAAAUGCGGCCAUCCUGCUGAGUCAGCUCUGCAGGCGCAGUCCCUCGGUGUGGGUGUCUAACGAAAACACUGCACAGGGACAGUAGGAAUGGGGAAAUGCUACACACUGCGGUGUCUGGUGGAGUGGGAAGGAGACCUCCACCAGCUCGGUGCCUGGCCCUGCGUGGAGUCCCUGCCUCAAGCUGGUUGGGCACAGCCUGGCUUAAGAAAGGCUGAGAAGUCCAGAUAAUACAGCAUAGUAAAACCCUCAUGCUUAACUUUACACACCAUACCACUUCUAAUGACUUCACAGUGCACAAAGUUAAGUCUGUACAGGAUGGGGGCCUAACUAAGUAAACAAGUAAGCCACACAACGGUGCAUCUGAAUCCUUGCAAAACUUGUCUGUAUUAAUCUGGGACAUCUGCUGCCUCUGGCAGAGGCCACAUGAAACCAGGAAGUUUUCCUGUACCCCUGACAAAGAGUGGAAAGAAUGCACAGUUUGGACUCCAGCACAUGGAGCCAGUGGUUCACUCACAAGAGACAGAAGCAAUCCAAGUAACCUGAGCCUCUCAAUAGUCCUUUUAAACUCCAUUUAAUCAAGCCCUGCACAUUUUAGCUUCUGCACAUCUUAAAACAAGAACAAGUCACAGAGCACAUCAUGGUUUUUAGUUUCUCCCCCCCCAAAACGUAAUUACAUGUUUUAGUCGUAGGUUUGGGGUUUUUUCAUUUGCUAGUUUUCAGUUGAUUAUUUUCCCUGCAAUAACAUCAUAUUGAAUUUCCCCAACACCUUUCAUCCCAUGGGAUCCUAGAGCUACUUCAGAAACUAUAGAGAUUGCUCACCCAUUCUAGAAAUGCAGCCAUCUCUGGGCUGGAAUCUGUAAGCUGUUUAACAGCUCACAAGAACACUACAUGCUAGUUUAGGGCAGGAAGUGAAGAAGAAAUCUUGUUUUGAAAGUUUAUUUAAUAUUCAUGUUUAUAUAAUAUGA